CUCACUGCCACCUUCUUUACCACCUUUCAAGCUGAAGUUCUAACUCUAAAGCAUGGACUUCACUGCCACACUCUUGUUCUUUGCUCUUUUCAUAUCCUCCAUCCAAGCUGUAGACCCUUGUGGUUCUCGGCCACAAAACAAAGACCUAUCGGUGAUUCCAAUCUACGGGAAAUGCUCACCAUUCAAACCACCCAAACCAGAGUCAUGGGUCGACACUGUCAUCAACAUGGCUUCAAAAGACCCAGCAAGGCUCAAGUACUUGUCCAGCCUCGUAGCCCAAAAGACCACUGCGGUUCCCAUUGCUUCAGGCCAACAAGUCCUCAGCAUUGGCAACUACGUGGUCAAGGUCAAGCUCGGAACCCCGGGGCAGGUCAUUUUCAUGGUGCUGGAUACUAGUAACAAUGUUGCUUGGGUUCCCUGCUCCGGCUGCACUGGUUGCUCCGCCACCACUUUCUUGCCCUCUGCUUCUUCGAGUUAUGGCUCGUUGGAUUGCUCCUUGCCACAAUGCAACCAGGUCCAUGGGCUCUCAUGCCCGGCUACGGGGGCUGCUGCUUGCUUUUUUAACCAAUCCUACGGUGGUGAUUCGUCUUUCUCCGCCAACUUGGCUCAAGAUUCCUUAACAUUAACAAACGAUGUUAUCCCAAAUUUUGCUUUUGGAUGUAUUAACAGCAUCUCUGGUAAUUCAAUCCCACCCCAAGGGCUAUUGGGUAUGGGCCGGGGACCCAUGUCACUACUUUCACAAUCCGGGUCGCUAUACAAAAGUGUGUUUUCCUAUUGUUUGCCCAGUUUCAAGUCCAAUUACUUUUCGGGCUCCCUUAAACUCGGGCCUGCAGGUCAACCCUAGAAUAUUCGAACCACCCCGCUGUUAAAAAGCCCACACCGGCCCUCCCUUUACUACGUAAACCUAACCGGGGUCAGUGUUGGCCGGGUUCGGGUCCCCAUCCCCCCUGAAUGCCUAGCGUUUAACCCGAAUACUGGGGCAGGGACCAUCAUUGAUUCGGGUACGGUUGUAACCCGAUUCGUCCGACCCCUUUAUGAGGCAAUCAGGAAUGAGUUUGUGAAACAUGUGAAAGGCCCAUUUUCAACAAUAGGGCUAUUCGACACGUGCUUUGAGGCAAAAGCGGAAGUUGAGCUACCCUCACUAACAUUACAUUUCGAAGGCUUGUCCAUGAAACUGCCAAUGGAAAACACCUUCUUACAUACCAGUGCAGGGUCACAUGCUUGCUUGGCAAUAGCACCAGCUCCAAACAAUGUGAACGCCGCCAUGAAUGUAAUAGCCAAUUUGCAGCAGCAAAAUCAUAGGAUUUUGUUUGAUGUCGCAAAUUCUCGCUUGGGGAUAGCUCGUGAAGCUUGUAACUAGGCUUAUUUCUUGUCGUUUAGGCUAAGUUUCUGGUUUUAUUUAACGAAAAAAGAAGAAGAUGGUGUAGUAAGCUCAAUAAACACAGGACAAGAAAACCCUUUUGCGUUGGUUAUUUUAAGUUUUCAAUGAAAUAUCAAAGGGAUGGAAGAAGCAACCUCUGAAGUUUAAAA